AAGGAUGUGGCCCUUGUGUGUGUGUGGAGCCAGGUAUUAAGCUAUAACCAUUGAAUUACGUCCGCUAUAACCACACCGCUCGGCCAGACGAUUCGGAACCAGAUUUCACCGAUCCGGUAACGGGUAUACAGACAGCGAUUUCUUGUCUCGCCGGCAUAUCUAAAAUAUUUUUUUCUUUUUAACUCCUGUCUCGAUGUACUUGGUGAGGUUUAUCACAUCUCAAGUUCUGACGUGACUCUUUUCAAUUAUUAAAGCAAGUGAAACGAACGCGGUGUGAAUUCAAAAGACGACCCGUUUUUCUAUAGGCCUAUUCGGCUGUAGAACGCAUGCCAUUGUGCGCCGCAGCAGUCUCUCACCGCGCGGCCUUGCACUGGGUUUUCACACUUCGACAUGGAGAAAGGCGACUCGUGCAAACGGCACAAGAACCAAGAGGAAACCGAUGCUUUCCUGCCAGCAGAUGAUCAACAGUGCAAUAAGGAGAAGCGACGAAAUCUUCUUGCAUUCUGGAUUCUCGGAUUGUCCAGCUUCUACAUGUAUGUACUCAUGUUGAGCGCUGCCUUUGACAUCCUUGGGAGCGAUUUUGAGGCCGGUGGCGAUCUUUGGAAUGUUACUGCAAAACCAGCCAGCAAUACAGCGUCAAAUAACGAUACCUCGGCGAAGAGACUUGACUGCAACCAACUAUCAACAGGGGUGAUUCUACUGGCAGAUAUCGUACCGGAAGUGGUAGUUAUGCUAGCAGCACCGUGGUUUCUUCACUAUAUUCACUACGAUAUCAAGAUUCUGUCCACUGUGGUGACAGCCGUACUGGGCUGCCUCAUCGUCGCUUUAGUGCGAAUACGAACUCUGACAAUAGUUGGUGUACUUUUCGCAAGCAUUUCCACUGGUCUUGGAGAAUUCACAGGCGUCAGUCUGAUGUCAUUCUAUGACAAGGGUGUAGUGUCUACCUGGUCCUCUGGAACAGGUGCUGCUAGUCUGGUGGCGUCCCUGUCCUUCGCUGCACUGACAGAAAUCGGCCUGACACCUAGAGAUGCGCUUCUUGCACAAGCCCCUGUGCCAUUUGGUUUAGUUUUGAGCUACUGGUGCAUUCUAGUCAGAGUCCCGACUUCGAAAUCCUUCCAAAAGAACGGUCAGGAGGACGAGGAUCCAGACCGCCUCGUGGAGUACGAUCCAUUCCAAGGCAAAUGCAAGGAUUCUGAAGAGCGCCAUCUAACGUUUCAAGAACGAAUUCAUCAUUUGAAGCACUUAAUGAAGUAUAUCAUCCCUCUGAUGCUGGUCUAUUUUGGCUCAUACUUAAUCAUUAAUGGCCUGCUGGAGUUGAUCUUUGUCCGAGGAAUACGGUUCACACACGCCAGUCAAUACAGAUGGUUUCAGGUGUUGUUCCAAGUUGGUGUGUUCGUGUCAAGGUCUUCUAUUAAUCUUGUCACAUUUGAACGGCUAUGGGUCUUCCCUAUCUUACAGUGUGCUGUGCUGGUUGUGAUUCUAUGCGUCAUCUGCUUGGCAUGGAUGCCUAGUAUUUUUAUCAUCUUCGCCAUCAUCUUCUUUGCGGGACUCAUCUGUGGGGCUUCCUACGUCAACACCUUUUACCAAAUCUCGCAAAAUGAGGCUCCAAAGUACAAAGAAUUUGCAAUGGGAGCGACAGCGUCAUCCGAAGCCUUUGGCAUUGUGAUCGCCGGUGUGACUGCAAUACCAUUACAUGACGCUCUCUGUAAGUUGGAAUUGGCAGGGAAAGUUCUAAAUUGAAAAGUUGGCAUGCGCAGUUCAAAAUGGAGAAAGUUUAUAGGCCAAUAGCCUUUGAACUAAAUAUAAGCUUAGGAAAUAUCAUACCGUCAGAGGAAUAGUCUUGGGUUCAUUUAUUAUAAUGAUACUUUUUCUUCCAAGGUGCAUUUUUUUGCUCCAAUCUGUUCUAAUUUUUUUUGCUGCACAAAAAUAAGAACGUCUUUCUUUUUGAGCAACUUCUAUUUCUUAAUUUAAUUUCGAACUUUCGGUGAAUUAAAUAAGUAUUGCAAAAGGGUUAGAGCGCCAACAAGAGUCUGCACACCGUUAAGAACGUUUUAAUGAUAUGGAAAUGGUCGUUAUAUUAAUACACGGUGUUUGAAAAGUGUUAAUGUGUUACUAUUAGGCGUUGGAAAUUGACACUCAGAAUGGGGUAAUUGUUGUAUUUACCUUUUUAUUGGGCUGGUUCGGCUGGGCGUCUAUAGAGUCGACUAGACUUACUUAAGUCGAUGUUGAUGUCACUCAAAAAUCAGAUAUUUCUUGAGUUAUUGUCCGGAAAACGAGUGUAUUGGUUUUGUGCCAUUAAAGUUACCUUUUACUAUAUUUUUGCGUUUUUCGCGCUGUACACACUACAUGUUGAGGUAAUAUCAUUAUUAUUUUUUAACGAUAUCUCUCGAUAUUCUACAACUUUUGUGUCAUACAUCACGACCAUUUACGAGAUGAAUUUCAGUUCAAAACAACAAAUAUUUCUUGAGUUCUUGUCCGGAAAACGAGUGUUUUGGUUUUCAUCCAUGAAAGUAACGUUUUACUAUAGUUUUAUAUUUUUUUGCGCUUAACACACCAACUUGUUCGGGUAAUAUCAUUAUUAUUUUUUGACGAUAUCUCUCGAUAUUCUAAACUUUUGUGUUAUAUCAAGACAAUUUUCGAGCUGAAUUUAAGUUCAAAACAAUAGGUAUUUCUUGAGUUAUUGUCCGGAAACCAAGUGUGUUGGAUCUGUUAUAAUAAAAUGAGUGUAUUGGUUUUGUUCCAUGAAAGUUACGUUUGCAUUUUUCGCGUUUAACACACCACAUUGUUCGGGUAAUAUCAUUUAAUUUAUGGCUUUAACAGAAUUUCUGCAGAGUUUGGAGAAUAGUCAUUUUUUGGCAAAAAUUUCAUCAAAAAGAAAGGCUUACCCCUUGUGUUUUUUUUUCUUCAAUUUUGGCCAAAAAAUGAAAUCGCUUUAAACUUGCUGGAAAGAUGCCUAAAGCACCCAAGAACACAUUCCAAUGCGAUUAAUGGACAGAUGUGCUUUUGAAAACAAAAUUUCGACGAAAAUUUGGGGUGAUAUCAGUAAAAAAUAGUGAUUUUUUCCUCUAAAAAUCGAUGAUUUUUGCCCAAAUCUUCAAUAUAUUGGGUGUUUAUACUGACAUUUCGUGCAAUCAUUUUCCACAAUUUGUAAAAGAGUGCCAUUGAAUAUCAUGAGAAACAGUUCAAUAAUAAAAAUAAUAUGAUCGUAACAAUGUAGUGUUUUACUCGCAAAAAAUACACAUUGAUUUUCAUUCGGAUUGCACAUUACCAGCGCGUUGUCGUAAAGGUUGGUACCUUGAUCCGGUCUUAACUUUUUCUUUCAAAUUGGGCUUGCGGUCGCUGCUUGAGUUAAUUGAACGUGGUGGGGAGUAAUAAAUAACCGUCUGAUAUUUUCUACACAAACCCCCGGUAUAGGGGGUUUUGCAUAGAAAUUUUCAGAUACCAACUUUUACGACAAUGUGUUUAAUGUAUGGGAAUGUUAAUACACUGUAAGGACACUCCGUAUUUGCUCGUCAUUGAACAAUUUUUUUUUUCAAAAAGCGGACGCGCUGCACAAACACUGCUUACCACGCUCCGAGGUCUGGCCAUUCAAGAUGUAAACACAGUUAUUGUGAAAACGGGAACUCAAGAUAAACAACAUUAUAAAAAACAUUAUAAAUGAAUAUAAUAUAAUUUAAGGAAAUUGCAGUAUUAAGGACACUCUGUAUUUUCUCGUAAUGUCAACACCGUUAAUGUGAAAUUGGGAACCCAAGAUAAACCCAUUGUAUUGCAAUACAAUUUCCUGUAAAAUUUUGCCAUGGUAUUUGACACGAAUUUCUAGAAAAUUGACAGGAACCGCCGAACAAUG